AUGCCGGCCCCGCAGGUCGACCGCUUUACUACAUUCAAAGCCGACUUCCAGGCCCUCGUUACAAACGACCAACCUUACGAUACUCUUGUGAUACCUCCCGAGCUUCUGAAGCACGACCUGCUCAAAGAACUAUUCACUCGCCUCGGCCCUUCUCGCAUUCCCAAGCUCCCUCUCGACCAGCACGGCGCUCGCGCCAUCAGGGACGCCCUCGAUGCCCUGACUCUGUAUUCGCACUACGCGCAGGCCGCGCUGUGGAGUGGCGACGUCGUCAAGAAGGCCUAUAUCACCGAGCAGCUGCCGAAUGUCUGGAAAUGGGCUCUCUGGCUCCUACCCGGCGCGGGCAAUGUCGUAGACGUGACCGAGGUGAACGCGGAGACCCUCAGCUUCCCUCUCCGCAAGAACGGGAAGCUCGUCGUCCCGGUGGACUUGCGUUACACUCAGCUGAUGAUUCUCAUUGGCGCCAUACUUAUCACCGAGAAGGAUGCCGAUACGAACGCACUCCUCCGAGCACAGCCGCGCUUUAUGCAAGUCAUGCUCGCCGUACUGGCGCAUAACUGGGACAGCUCAAAAUGCGAUACCUCGAACGCGGCACCUCUACAUGCUAUGAUGGGGCACCUUCGUGAUAGCUUGUCGCCGCAGGAUGAUCCGGAGGUCGUCUUCCGCGCGCUCGCCGAUGUCACUGCCUUCGACAAGAAAAAUCCCGGGCGUCUCUUCGCUGCCAUUACCGAGCGCUUGCCCUGGCUGUAUGCGCAGGAAGAGGCGUACAGCGCCGAGUUCCUCAUGGGGUACAUCUGCACGCUCUCUGCCCUCCACGACUACGCGCCAGAGUCCUUCCGCGAUGGCAUCCGGCGCGCUAAGGGAGGCGUCAUCGCUGUGCGGCUGCUCUCCCGCGUUGUCCCCGAUGAGAAUCAUCCUCGCCAGCGCAUCGACGAGACGCAGUCAAUCAGCAUUCUCAUGCUUCUCCUAGAUGAGAUUCUUAUGACUCGCUUGUCGGACGACGAGCUGGUAGAGGUCAUCAAUGCGGGCCUGUUGGGCGUUAUCGACCGGCUGAACCGGUACGUGCCGCUCGACCACGAAGACAGGGAGGACCAGCGCGCUAUGGUCAACAAAUGUAUGAGCAUUGUAAUUAUGCCGUCGCUGCGGGCUGUCGAAGCCAAAUUGCUAGACGAAGAGCGGCCUGUACAUCCAAAAUGGCCUGAGUGGACUGCGCUCCUCAAAAGGUGCUCAAAGUUGUGGAAGCGAUUCACUACCUUCGAGGAGCGCAUGGCCGAGGUGCAGAGCUCCUGUCACAAUCCCGAGUGCACACAACCCAACUCGAAGACCAAGAACGGAAUAUGUGAAUGCGCCAAGGUGGCCUAUUGCUCUCCACAGUGCCAAAAGGCACACUGGCGUAAAGCGCACCGGGAUGAGUGUACAAGGGACUCCAAGUACCCGAUGAUCCCUUGCAAAGUCAUGCCAGACGCGCCAUCGAAACCCAAGCUCACCUACGUCCAACGGCACUUCAUCCGAGCGUGCGCCCUACGCGACCUCGCCAACACGCGCGAUGCCGACCGGAUGGCAGGGCGAGCGGUCAUGGUCGACUAUACCGAUCCGUCUGAGGGGGACUGGGCGAAAGGCUUCACAGUCGCGAAUAUCCAACUACCCGAUGGGAUGACUGGUUUCGAAGCAGUCGCGAAAGGGAUGACACGCGUCUUCGUCCGCGUUGGCUGGGGCACUAGGUUAGCCGCGGACGUCGCCGUGGAGAAGGCGAUUUCGGCGGAGGAGGUCGAGUCGAUGAGGGAGCCCAUCACGGUGUACAAGUUCACCAUUUGUUGA